CUGCCGUUAUGCUCCUCCUCCGCUCUUGGACUCCGCUCUUAAAGGACUCGGACGAAAGGCAGUGUUCGGACGUGUUGGUGAGAUCGAGUCCUGGCGUGGGCGUAGUCCUCCUCGGCUCCCUCGAGGCAAGGACGAGCUCUGGUCCUUGGCUCAGGCCCUGCGUCCAGCCGAGGGGCGAGGGCGAUUCUUAAGGAUAGUCGCCGACCUCCGAAGGACAAGCCGGCCCCUCCACCACGCUACUUUAAGGUCCAUUCGCGGCCGAGCCCUUAAAGUUCAGGGACGGAAAGAGGAAGGGAGACCGGAAGGAGGAUUAAGAGAGGGAAUAGGAGGAGAGUGGAGGAUAAUGGCAGGGAAGAAGGAGACAAGAAUAAGCUACCAAGGUCAUACGAGGUCAAGUUAUGGCGAGUUCGUGCUGUCGAAGAUCUAAAAUAAGAAUUUUGGAUGCAC